GGAGGCUAGCGACCAGGACAUGCCCACGGGGUAAGGAUGCCCGUCCGCAGAGGCCACGUAGCUCCUCAGAACACCUUCCUGGACACCAUCAUACGCAAGUUCGAGGGACAAAGCAGGAAGUUCAUCAUCGCCAACGCCCGCGUGGAGAACUGCGCCGUGAUUUACUGUAACGAUGGCUUCUGCUCCAUGUGCGGUUACACGCGUGCCGAGGUCAUGCAGAGGCCGUGCACCUGCGACUUCCUGUACGGACCGCGAACGACGUCCAGCGCCGUGUCCCAGAUCGCGCAGGCGCUGGUGGGAUCCGAGGAGCGGAAGGUGGAGAUCGCGUUCUACCGCAAGGACGGCAGCUGCUUUCUGUGCCUCGUGGACGUGGUUCCAGUGAAGAAUGAAGAUGGAGCCGUCAUCAUGUUCAUCCUGAACUUUGAGGUGGUCAUGGAGAAGGAUCUCCUGGGAUCUCCUAAGAAGGACUCCAACCACAGGAUGCAGCCACACUGGUUCCCCCCGGGUUGCAGAAAGUCAUUUAAGCUGAAGUUGCCGGCGCUGCUUGCGUUAGCCGGCAGCAGACAGUCCCUUCCCCAGGAAGACCCCGACGUGGUUGUGGUGGAUUUCUCUAAGCACAGCAACAACUCGGUGGCUUUGGAAGAAGUGACUGCGACGCCUGCGGACAACUGUGUGGCCCCGGGGCCGGAGGAUGAGCAGGCGCUGAUCAGCAGCGCGCAGCCCAAAGCGCUUCCCGAGGAGGAUGACGGGCGAGAGCCUGCGGUGCAUUCCUCGCCCCGGACUGACAAGGACCACCUCAACCUGGACGUGUCCUUCUCCAACUGCAGCCUGACGCGCAGCCGCUCCCGGGAGAGCUUCUACAGCAUCCGCAGGGCCUCCUCCGUGGACGACAUCGAGGCCAUGAAAGUGGACCUGGACAAGAAGUUUCGGACCCGGAACUCCAGUACCGGGGCCACGAACAACGUGAGAGUGAAUCUCCUGAACUCCACGUCGGACUCGGACCUGAUGAAGUAUCGCGCCAUCAGCAAGAUUCCCCAAAUCACCCUCAACUUUGUGGACUUCAAGGGAGAGACUUUUGUGACCUCGCCCUCCAGCGAGAAGGAGAUCAUCGCACCCACCAAGCUGAAGGACCGAACGCACAAUGUCACCGAGAAGGUGACGCAGGUUCUGUCUUUGGGGGCCGAUGUCCUCCCGGAGUACAAACUGCAGGCCCCUCGAAUCCACAAAUGGACCAUCCUCCACUACAGUCCGUUCAAGGCCGUUUGGGACUGGCUCAUCCUGCUGCUGGUCAUCUACACGGCCAUCUUUACCCCCUACUCUGCCGCCUUCCUUCUCAACGACCAGGAGGAGCAAGAGAAGGAGAACUGCGGCUACUCCUGCAACCCGCUGAGCGUCGUGGACCUGAUCGUGGACAUCAUGUUCAUCAUUGACAUCCUCAUCAACUUCCGGACCACCUACGUCAACUCCAACGAGGAGGUCGUAAGCCAUCCGGGGAAGAUCGCUAUCCACUACUUCAAAGGCUGGUUCCUUAUUGACAUGGUGGCCGCCAUACCCUUUGACCUCCUGAUAUUCGGCUCGGGCUCCGAGGAGACGACCACCCUAAUUGGUCUCCUGAAAACCGCCCGUCUCCUGCGAUUGGUUCGAGUGGCGCGCAAGCUGGACCGGUACUCGGAGUACGGGGCGGCCGUCCUCUUUCUCCUCAUGUGCACGUUCGCCCUCAUCGCCCACUGGUUGGCCUGUAUCUGGUACGCAAUCGGCAACAUGGAGCAUUACGACCAGGAUUACCGGCCCAUCGGGUGGCUUUAUUCCCUGGGGACCCAAAUCAUGAAACCGUACAAUACCAGCGACGUGAAGUCCGGACCCACCAUCAAUGACAAGUAUGUCACUGCCCUUUAUUUCACCUUCAGCAGCUUGACCAGCGUGGGCUUUGGAAAUGUGUCCCCCAACACAAACUCUGAAAAGAUCUUCUCCAUCUGUGUCAUGCUUAUUGGAUCCCUCAUGUACGCCAGUAUUUUUGGGAACGUGUCGGCCAUCAUCCAGCGGCUGUACUCCGGCACCGCUCGGUACCACACUCAGAUGCUGCGAGUGCGAGAGUUCAUCCGCUUUCACCAGAUUCCCAACCCUCUGCGCCAGCGCCUGGAGGAGUAUUUCCAACACGCGUGGUCGUACACCAACGGCAUCGACAUGAACGCGGUUUUGAAGGGAUUCCCUGAGUGCCUCCAGGCCGAUAUCUGUCUGCACCUGAACCGGAGCCUCCUGCAGAACUGUAAACCCUUUAAGGGGGCUACAAAGGGCUGCCUGCGGGCCCUGGCCAUGAAAUUCAAGACCACGCACGCCCCCCCUGGCGACACGCUGGUCCACGCUGGGGAUGUCCUGACGGCUCUCUACUUCCUGUCUCGCGGCUCCAUCGAGAUCCUGCGCGGGGACGUGGUGGUGGCGAUAUUAGGCAAGAACGACAUCUUCGGGGAGCCGCUGAAUCUUUACGCUCGGCCGGGGAAGUCCAACGCAGACGUGCGCGCUCUCACCUACUGCGACCUGCACAAGAUUCACCGGGAGGACCUGCUGGAGGUGCUGGACAUGUACCCCGAGUUCUCCGACUACUUCUGGUCCAGUCUGGAGAUCACCUUCAACCUGCGAGAUACCAACAUGAUUCCCGGCUCUCCCAGCAGCGAAGAUUCAGACAGCGGGUUUAACCGGCUGAGAAGACGAAAGCUCUCCUUCCGCAGGCGCACGGACAAAGAUGCGGAUAAUGCCGGAGAGCUGAGGAAAGGUCAGCGGCCGGGGCGUCUGGGGCGGAAUAACAUGACACCAGAGAAUAAGGGUCUCAACUGGGAAGAGCAGCCGAGCAGUGGUCCGUCCAGCCCCUCCUCCAGCGACGACGAGCAGCAGCCCCCGGGCUCCGGCACCAUUGAGUUGUCACCAAGACGAGCCACAUGUAGCAACACCAACUUCACGGCACCUGCUGGCGGCGAGACGGAGGCCGAUCAGAGCGCAGGGGACGUUUGCAAUCAUUUGUCAGGGGCUUUUUCAGGGGUCUCAAACAUCUUUAGCUUUUGGGGGGACAGAGGAGGCCGCGAGUACCAGGAAUUGCCCCGAUGCACCAUCCCGGCCCACACCUCACUCAGCGCCCCUGUGCCUUCUAUGAGCCGAAGGCAGAAAUGUGAACUGGGGAGCAGGCUGGACCUCCUGCAGAAACAGCUCAACAGGCUGGAGAGUCGCAUGGUGACGGACAUCGCCACAAUCAUGCAGCUGCUGCAGAAACAGACUGUCCUGACCCCCCCGGCGUACAGCGUGGUCUCCUCUCCUCCUCAGAUCCACGGAUUCCCCCCACAUGGAGAGCAGAUGCCUCCCCCGGGGCUUCCCCUGCAGUCUCCCACACUGGCGUCCAUUUCUCAGGUCUGUGAAUACCGGAACGUGGAUGGACCGCGGUACAACAUGGUCGAAAUGCCUUUGGUACCACAGACUGUGGGCACUGAGCCCAACGACGGCCCCAGGCGCCUCUCGCUCCCCGGCCACCUGGAAGACCCUCUGGAUCUGAGGACCCCACAGAGACAUUCGUCUGACCCGGGCAGUUAGGGGGUGGGAUGUGGCGGCCACUGUCAGACUCUGGGUACAAGCCACGUCCCGAAGGGGCAAACAGGGUCAGGCUAGGAACCUUCUGUAGCACAGACACCCCGGAGCAUAAAACGGGCGAGCUGAGGGGUGUCAGGAGGUGGGACUCUCGCGUGUGACGGGAACAUGCCACAGAGCAAAGACCCCGGGAACACUAAGAACAGCCUCGAGAGACCACGCCAGAGCCACAACUGCCCCCACAUACUGACACCCAACAGCGGGGCUAUGGGCUGCAGGCCCGGGGCGGGUGAAGCAGUUACUGGAAUAUUAGGAAGCGGACAGGCUUAGCGUGUACUUGACGUGUGGCACGGUUUGUCACCCAUGGAAGUUUAUCUCCAGAUCUUGUAUUAUAAUCUAUGACGCAA